CCUGUGACACCGCGCCUUGGCUUCAUUCCCACAGGCCGAACUCACCUGAGCUCCUUUAAAAGUAGUCGACUGUCAUUAAUCCGCCGCCUCCAGUCGUCUUUCGCACAAAGUCUUCACUUCAGAUUCAAACUGACGCACAUUUGGUGUGAGUUUCCCAGCCCGCGAAGACGGACGCGUGUCACCGCAGAGGUGGGUGAAGAUCUAGGAAGUAACUCGGCUGCUUUUCUCUCCGCUGGACGGCAAGGAGGACGAGACACAAACUUCCAAACUGACGAAUAAAUGGUCAUUUUUUUUAAGAGCGUCAUCGACGCCGAAGUGCGUAGUGCUUCCUGAAAAGAACUCCUCGCCUUUCUCAAGAUGAAAUGAAUGUCUUUUCUUAGAGGAUGAGCGCUUCCGAUGGAGAGGCCCGCGUCGUGCAGAUUUCCCCCAGGCUGCCCCAGGCCUCUGUGCCCGCCUACUGCCCGCUUCAAAUCGGCGCCGGGGACACCGCCAGGGCAGUCAUCUCCAACGCCGUGGUCACCCUGGGGCUGGACGCCAGCAGGACGUACAACCUGCUGGAGGUAAGAAAAAGGAACCAGGAGGAGAAGCUGACGCUGGAGGCUGGAGACUCCCCUCUGCAGCGAGUCCUGCUGUGGCCCAAGGAAGCCCAGAGGUGGCACCCCGAGAGCCAGGGGUACUUCUUCAUCCUGGAAGAGGCCAAGAAUGGAGACCUCCAGGUGGAAAGCGGUAACGAAGCCUAUGACGAUCUGUGCGACCUCCCCACUCUGACUGAGGAUUCUAUCCUGGAGGCUUUACGCCAGCGCUUCCAUCAGCACAAAAUCUACACGUACGCCAGAAACAUCCUCCUGGCGCUCAACCCCAACAAGUUCCUCCCCUUGUACUACAACCCCAAGUAUGUCAAGAUGUACGAGAAUCAGCCGCUGGGGAAGCUGAGCCCGCAUAUAUUCGCCAUGGCCAACCUGGCCUACAGGGCCAUGCUGAACCGGAAGGUGGACCAGUGCAUCGUCCUGUCUGGCGAAAGCGGGUCCGGGAAGACUGAAAGCGGAAGCUACCUCGUCCACUGCCUGACGGCGCUCAGCCAGCAGACGUACUCCACCGGCAUAGAGCGCACCGUCCUGGGAGCCAGCCCCGUGCUCGAGGCGUUUGGCAACGCAAAGACCCAAGAGAACGACAACUCCAGUCGCUUUGGGAAAUUUAUCCAGCUCAACUAUCUGGAGAGCGGCGUAAUCCGAGGGGCAGUUAUCAGGAAGUACCUACUUGAAAAAUGCCGCCUGGUUGGCAGAAAUAAGAGGGAGAGGAACUACCACGUCUUCUACUACCUGCUGGUGGGGGCGUCCAAAGAGGAGCAGGAGGAAUUCCGUCUGUUGGCGCCCCAGGAUUAUGUCUACCUCAAGCAGGAAGAUCUUCUCUUGGACGAUGAGGCAAAGCUCGGACAUGAGUACAAGAGGCUUCAUCAAGCCAUGGAAAUGGUUGGCUUCCUGCCGUCCACUAAGAAACACAUAUUUUCCACCCUUUCCGCCAUCUUGCUCUUGGGCAACGUGAGCUUUACUCUGUCAGAGGACAGUGGCGCUCUGGAGGUCGGACCGGCGGACGUUUUGUCCACGUUGUCGCAGCUUCUCAAGGUUGAAAAGGAGCUGCUUGUAAAGACUCUGACCGAGAGGAGGUUGUCAACCAACAGCGGCACAGUGUUUUCACAACACACACGACCGGAGGAGGCCACGUCUGCCCGUGACUCCAUGGCAAAGUCUCUGUACGGCGCUCUGUUUGACUGGAUCGUCCUUCACAUCAACCACGCUCUGCUCAACAGGCGUGACAUGGAGGAGUCCGUUUGUUGUUUGUCCAUCGGAGUCCUUGAUCUGUUCGGCCUGGAGAACCUGCACCCCAACAGUUUUGAGCAGCUGUGCAUGAACUAUAGCAGCGAGAAGCUCCAGUGUUUCAUCAACCAGCAAAUCUUCAAACUUCAGCAGGAAGAUUAUGUGUCAGAGGGCAUCGGCUGUCAAAGCUUUGACUACAGUGACAACAGCGGCUGCAUACAGCUGAUCCGGGAUGGAAUCUUCAGCAUACUGGACGAGGAGAGCCACCUCCCUCAAUCAAGCGAUGAAGCGCUGUUGGACAAGCUAAAGUUGAGGCUCAAGGACGACUCGCUCUUUGCGGCCUCCACCGACUCGUUUGUGGUUCAGCACUUUGCAGGCAGCGUUCAGUAUUGUGUCAAGGGUUUCCGACAGAAAAAUACUGAUCACAUGCAGCCUGAAGUUGCGUGCCUUCUACGCAGCAGUGAGCGGUCAUUUCUGCAUCACCUGGUCACGUCCAGUCCGGAGGCUUUGUUUCGGUGGGGUGUCCUUCGAGCCACCUUCCGCAUCCUGGCAGUGUUCAAAAGCUUGGGGAGCAAAUACGCAGAGAAGAUGGCCUCCCAACGCUCGUCACGCAAAUCCCUCAAAGACAUGAAACCGAGACUUUCCAGCAAUACCUGCACGCUGGACUUCUCCUUCGAUCGCUCUGACGAACAUCCCCUUGACGUAUUCGAGGACAUCUUUGCCAAUUUCGAAAAGAGGAAGAAAACAAGAGCUGGUCGACGGAAGCAACUUAUUCCAAAGAAUCUUAUGAAUUUGCGCUCCCUCCAACACGUCGUGGGUCUGGAUCACAAUCAAAGCCGCAAAUCUGCCAGCCACCGUGUCCCACCUGUGUCGUCUGCCACAGUUUGCGCUCAGUUUCAGAUGUCGCUCACAGAGCUGAUGGACACAUUGGCGAAAGCUGAAACUUUCUUUAUUUUCUGCGUGCGCUCCAAUGCUCAGAAGAAAAAGUUGCACUUUGAUGAUGAGCUUGUGUGCCGGCAAAUCCGCUACACCGGCAUCCUGCAGAUGGUUCUGGUCCAGAAGUCGGGCUACACUGCCAAAUACACUUUUAAGGAAUUUGUUGAAAAAUUCCGCAUGUUGCUUCCCAAAGAGGCAACCCCGUCUCCUGAGCACAUCACCAAACUGUUCGCCAGGAUAGGCUUGGACCGGAGCACCUACCAAAUAGGACACACUAAGGUGUUCCUUAAAGAAAGGGAGAGGCAACUGCUCCAAGACACCCUCAACAAGGAGGUAAUGCAUCACAUCAUCGUCCUCCAGCGCUGGUUCCGCACUUGUCUGAUGAGGAUGCACUUCCUGCAGAAGAGAGACGCCUCCCUCAUCAUACAGAGGAACUGGCGAGAGUUUUCGGGGAACCGGAACAAAGCUGCCUCCGUGAUCCAGACUGCAUGGCGCACGUCACUGAAGAGGUCGGAAAAACGGGCCGAAACACCCGAUGCUGAGAAUUCCACAAAAGGCCGACGUGGACGAGUCCGCUUGUCGGGAAAAGAACUGCGGCGCCAAGGAAAAGUGGAUCUCAGCCCCAACAGAAGCGAGCAGACGGACCCGGUCAACGGUGAGUCGGCAGCAAAGGGCACCGAGAGGCGGGAGGGUCAGGGAUCGCCGCCAAACCUCGGCAGACCCUUCUCCGUUCCUUUGGACUCCAAAAUGGGGAGCGAUGACAGCGGUGCCGGGUCCCCGAAGAGCAGCUCGCUGCAACGCUACAAAGACGGGCGCGCCUUUAAGGAGAAGCACGAGAAAUGGCGGGGGAGGACGAGCGAGGAGUCCAGUCCAGAGGUGCACCGGCAGCGAGACAAACGUAAAGAUAGCUUUCAGCAGAAGGGCAAGUCCAUGUCAGCUGAUGAACUGUCCAGGAUCAGCUCGUCUGGUUCCGACAGCUCGCCGUCUGCCAGCGAGGUCAGGGUGCGCAUGCGCAAGCAUACCAGACGUAAGCGGCGCUUAGCCUACGCCCGCAGCGGUUUGAUGGUUAACUUUGGCGGCUCCAAGGAGAGCGAGUACUGGAGCUUUCCGCUGCCGCCCAUGAGCCCCCUGGGGCCCAAUAUGAAGACCUCGGCCAGUAGCGUGGACGUCCGCGGCCUCAAAUCUCAGGUCAAGAUCCCUUCCGAGCCAGACGGAUCUAGGUACAGCCUUCCUGCGACCCGCCCUAAUGAUGAGUCCAUCGUCCAAAGAUCCAACCAAUCACAUCUCACUACGCCCGAUAAAAUUUGGUUUCUUAGCAGAUUAUUGCGAAAGCGACCAACGAAAGCAACCGCCAUCAGUGAGACACCGUCUGAGGAUAGAGCUAUAACCUUGCCCAGGUACACGCCUCUGACCUACCACUUGCCAGACCAGCACUCCGCCCGGGUCACUCGCAACCCCACCAUCAAAAUCAGCCGGGCCACUCGGGGCCUGCAGUGGAACGCCUCUCUGGAACGCGAGAUCACCAACCCCAAAGAGCUACGCAACCUGGACGAGUUUCUUGGCAACCAAGUGAACGACUUGCGAACACGAAUAAAAGAGCUGUCGCAAACAGAAGACAUCUUCCUCACAGCCACCAUGCAGUUCAGAGAGACUCUCAAAGGCAUGUUCUCUGUGCAGAAGCCUCAAAUCCACUACAAAGACCUGAUGAAAGGCUACCAGAACAAAGUCACCUCUCUAGCCGGGCCCAAGCAGAAGAACGAGGUCUCGCUCGUGGUCAACUUGUUCCAGUCCAUGCUGGACGGCUUCAUCCGGGGGGAAAUGAAGCGGUUGGAUUCGGAGCCGGUCAAGGCUUCCAAGACGACCAAGAAGAGAAGGAAAAAGGACAAAUGUCCGGACGGUCCACUGGAUCACCGCUUCAGCACCUACCAGGUGAACAUCAUGCAGUCAUGUGACCUGUGUGGCUCAUACAUCUGGGGCAUGGAGAAAGCCUACAUGUGCAGCGCCUGCAAGGUAAUUUGCCACAAGAAAUGCUUGACCAAGAUUAUCACCGACUGCUCGACGCGCUGUGCCCUGCAGGACGACAGUGUAUCCGGCGCCCUCCACUUUGGGGUGCACGUGUGCGUCCUGACCAGCAAGACUAACCCGGUGCCCACCGUGGUGGAACUGCUGCUUCUGCACUUGGAGAUGAACGGCCUGUACACCGAGGGCCUCUACCGCAAGUCCGGCUCCGCCUGCCGCGCUCGGGAGCUCCAUCAGAUCAUGGAGAUGGACCCCGAGGCCGCCUGCUUGGAGAACUACCCCAUCCACACCAUCGCGGGCCUGCUUAAACGUUGGCUCCGAGAGCUGCCUGAUCCCCUCAUGACGUUUUGUCUAUAUAAGGACUUCCUCCAUGCCGUGGAACUUCCAGAGAGGUCAGAGAGGAUAAGGGCGGUGUACCAAAAGGUUGAUGAUCUUCCUCUGGCCAAUUACAACACACUGGAGCGACUUAUCUUCCAUCUGGUCAGGGUGGCGAACGAGGAAGACCACAACAAGAUGUCACCAAACUCUCUCGCCAUUGUCUUCGCCCCCUGCAUCCUGCGCUCUCCUGACUCGGACGACCCCUUCCUGGGAAUGAAGGACGUGGGAAAGACGACGAUGUGCGUAGAGAUCCUCAUCUCGGAGCAGUUACGACGCUACAAGGAAAAGUUGCAGAACAUUCAGGAGCUGGAAUACGCCGAGGCCUUGGCUGUCAAUCAGCUCAAACUGAAAAGGCAAAACACGGUUGUAGAAAAACCUUCCGAGUUGAACAUUCCGGACCAAACUGAUUCGGAGGAGAUUACUCUGAUUGACAGAAUCAAGUCCAUCAAGCAAGAAAAGCUGGACCUGGCCUGCAGGCUACCCGACCUGGAGCAGGAGAACUCGGACAAUGAAAUCCUGGACUCUUCCUCGUCCAUGAGCACCGAGAGUCUUGAUGACCGUCUGGGCAGUCUGGACUCGGAGGGUCACUGAGGAGUCAGAGCACCCUAUUGAGUCAUGUGGUGUGUGACUGCAGCAAACAACCCAACAACAACGACGCCCACGACUUUGAAGGAUGCCACACAUUCGUCUUAUUGUCAACGGCUACACUUUCAGCAGGAAUUUUGGCGACCUUGAAAUUCCUUACGUCAACCAGGAGGAGGAAGACUCAACAAUUGCAAUCCCCUCAAGAGGUGUGCACUUUGUGUUGUAAAACCUUUACCAUCUGGUCAGUGCUGCUAUGGCAACGAGGUGAUGUACUGUACUGUGUAUUUAAGACUCGUUACCACGACGUCUGCAUGUGAUUUUACUACUAUUUCAACAUUGUAUGUGCACCUUUUUUUUGUGUUAAGGUACCUAUUUUGGAGGAUAAAAUAAAAUAUAUAUGUUUUCCUAUUUCGUACAUGGACAGCACCUAUGGUACUGGUAUGGACCAAAAACAAAAGGCUGAUUACUGCACAAAAACAGUUGUCUAAUUGUACAUAGAGUAAGUUCACCUUGAUGCCUUUGCUUAUUUUGCUAUGACUGAUCCCUCACUUUUUUUUUAGAAUGAUAUAAUGUGCAUUUGUUCAUUUUGCCCACGUAUGCAUGCCGCUACAGGAACUUUGUAUAAAGCCUGCAUAUUGGGAAACAAACUAGAUUUUGACCUGUUGCUUAAAAUAAACUGACCAUUUACAA